GUGCGCUUCGUGGCGUAGUCAUUCUGCUUCUGGUCACUGACGCGUGCGGACGCAGGAUGGCUGGCUCCUCACGAGCUGCGACAACGGCCGACGCUGGCCGUGGAUCUUCGUUCUCUGACGUGCCCAAGGACUACAGGAUCAUUCUGCCACCCAUGCCCACCGGAGAAGGACUGAAGACUAUGGUUGUUCUACAUUGCGACAUAGCAGGACGCCCGUACAAAAUAGAGGACUUUAGUCAGCCUAUGAGGAACGCUGGCAUUAUUGAGCAGGUUGGUGGAAUAGGGGCUUACCAGAUGUCUCACGUCUGGUUAGUGAAUUUCCGCACUGAAGAAGCGAAAAAGAAGUUGCUGGAAACCAAGCCCUUCCUUGUCAAAGGUAGGACCUGCGUUGCAAUCGACCCACAGAGGCAGGAAGUGCGGCUGAAAGUGCAUUGGUGCGCCUUCAAUGUGAGCAACGACGCAGUGAGACGGGCUUUCGUAGAGUACGGGGAGGUGAAGGAAGUCACUGGCGACAAGUGGAAGACAGGCGGCUUCGACAACGCUGACUCAACAACGCGUGUUGUGCGGCUUAUUCUCCGUGAUGGGGUAAGCCUUGAACGCAUACCACACCAAAUGCGCAUCGGAAACGGAACAGUACUCGUCAUAGUGCCAGGCCGUGCGCCCAUCUGUCUACGCUGUCGUGCUACACGACACAUCCGCCGUGACUGUAAAGUGCCCAGAUGCAAUAAGUGCCGUGCUUAUGGGCACGAAGAGGCGGAAUGUGCAAGGUCCUAUGCUCGAGCUGCUUUUCGAGGAACGGCAGAAAGCAGCGAGUUGGUAAUGGACGAAGAUGAAGCGGAACAGGCUGCUGCAAACGCGGCCUCAGACGCUGAGACAGGAGCAGACGCAGCUAAUGUGAGUGGCGCCCAAGAAGGUAGCCAGGGACAAAAGCCAGCGUCUCUCUCUGAUGCAACCGCGGAGGCUCCGGCAAUAUCAGCGAGUACGGCGACAGACGCGAAGGACGGAGGUGUCGCGUCUAGCGAGAAACAGCGUGACCAUGUGCUGACGCGAGCUAGUGGUUCCGCUGCUUCAAUGGGAACAUCGAUGGCAGAAGCUGAAGAGGUGGGCGACGUGUCGGCAAGUGUGGAAGACGACCACGCAGCGUCGAUGGAUCUGGACAGCACGUCAUCUAAGCGUCGCCAUGACGGCGCAACCAGCGUUCUUCAGGAGCAGCGACUCCGUCAGCCGGAACGGGAGUGGCGCGUCGCUGGGAAAAAGCCGCGUGUCACCAGAGCGCAACGCUCGUCGUCGCUUCCCCGCGACGACACUGAGAAGUUGUAA